ACAUUUAACAAUUUAGGUCGACCGUAAUGUUAAACAAACACGCGGAAAUGACACAAAUUGCUCGAAUAAUGUGGCCACAAAAUAUCAACAACAACAGCAGCACAGGCAACAUGACCAACAACGCAAUGAAAACAUACGGAAAUUAUUUGAAACGAAGAAGAAGAAAAAUUUAACAGAAACACAAAAUGUGACAUCAAAGAAUAAUACGACAUGUCCUAGAAGCAUUUCAUAUACAAAUUUAGAGAAUUUAGCAACUAACUUUAGCAACAGCAGCAGCAUCAGCAGCAUGUACAAUGAUAAUGCAACAACAUUCAAGCUAAAAGGUUCAUGGGCUUUAAGCCAAAGUAAUGGGCAAAUUGCCAAACAGCGACAAGAUGUAGAAAAUGAACAGCAGCAACAACAACAACAACUACAAACAAAUUUUGUCUUUGAUUAUGGCAGCAAUAGAAAACUUAAUGGUAGACGUAAUAGUUGUACAUCUUCUACACCAUCCACAAAAAUAAAACGUUGGCAUGUUAGCCAUAAAGGAAAUGAUGUAACAAAAGAUAUGAAAUUGGCUAAAAGCCUUUUGGGACCAAAUCAAUUGGCAACAAAAGCAACUGAAAUAGAAAACGAACACGAACACAAAACAGCAGUAGCAAUGGCAACAUCAACGGCCGCCUUAACAAAGCAACACAAUCAAUUAGUUGCUGGCUCUACAAGCAUCUUAAACACUUCUCAUCGUCAUCAUCAGUAUCAACAGCAGGAGUUUAAUGCAAAUGGUGAUACUGACUGUGAGAAUGAUGAUAAUGAUGAUUAUGAUGAUGACGUUGAUGGUGCUACUGUUGCUGAGCAUAAUAUUGGGGCAGACAACAAUUGUAUUGAUGCCUUUACGCCAAGAUUAAACAAUAAUUAUAGAGCAUCAUGUCCAGCAGCUACAGCAAUUACCACACCAAAAGCACGUAGACCUUCUCAGCAAUGGUUCAAAAGAAAAAAUUGGCUAUCCCAGGAUGAUGACGAUAUGGUUGUUGCUGCCGCCGGUUAUGGUAGUACAAACGAUGGCUUACAAACAUUUCUUCCCAAUCAAUUUCGAAUGGAAUUCUUGGGCAACAAACAAAACGAUGCGCUUUCAAGUUAUAGCCCUACCAACUGGGAGCCUACAACUAAUAAAAAUGUUAACGACCACUGUUGGCCAACACAAACGAACAGCAACCAACCGGAAAAUUAUAUUAUGUACAACAAUAAUAAUAAUAGUUGCCUAAGAACAGAAAGCGACAGCAGCAAUAUGUUGCAACUUAAUGCAACUAAUGAAUUUUCCAACCACAAUAUCUACAAUGAAUAUGAGGAUGACUGUGAGGAUGAUUGUGAGGUUGCUUACAAUGAUCAUUACAAUUUGGCUUACAGUAACAACAACAAUAACCAUAAUACAACAGAAAAAUUUUGUAAUGAAUUUCAACAUUCAUAUGACAAGGACAUACAUUCUACUAACAUUUCUAAGGACAUGCAAUGGAACAAUAACGACACCGAUGAGCAUCCGUAUGAACAUGAUGCUGCUGCCGAGGACGAUGUUUACAGAACUAAAAUACCUUUAGGCCAUGCAGUGAUGUGCAAAGCAAAUAAGGAAAAACUCAACAUUGGCAACAACAAAAGUCCCACUAACCAACAAUCAUCAACAUCAUCCCCUGCAUUAGCACAACUUAUGAAAAUACGCUUAAAAUCUAAAACUCAAGAAAUAACAAACCAACCGAAUUUAUCAGCAACAACAGAAGAUACAAAUGCAACCAACUAUACAGGAAAAACAUUUUAUAAUAAUUCAAAUAAUCCAAGGCCAGAGAACCACAAACUAAAGACGACACCCCUUCCUCUACCACCGGCAACAUCUAUCGAAUAUAUUGACAAUGCCUCAGCAAUAAUAACAUUGUCAGCAACAUCACCAUCACCAUCAUCAUCUCUUGGCCAACCUGCAACAACAAUGCCUUUUGUUAAUGUCAUUCAAGAUUCAGAUGAUGCUAGUGAUACUCGACAACGACAACGACAACAGCAGCAACAACAACCACAUUUUAUGCCACAACAUCAACAAUAUUUGCCAUCAUCUAGUAAGGUUGCGGUUACGGCUAUUAAUGAACACAACAACAGCGACAACAACAGCAAGAGUCCUUUGUUAAAUGACAGCAUUGGCUAUAAAACUGAGAUAACAAAUUCUAAUGUCCAUAAUCAAUUUGCUAAUAAAAAAUUUAAUUCGAAUGCAUUCAAAACACAAUCACCAACAUUAGCUGAACGUUUAGAAAAAUUCCGACACAAACAGCAGCAGCAGCAGCAGUGGCAGCAACUAGAGCACGAGCAACAACUACAGCCCUACCCAGAGCUUGAUGAAAGCUUAUCACAUAAUAAUUUGUCGUCAUCAGUUUAUGGCAGUAAUAAAAGUGAUUUGAAUAAAGACUCAACGCAGCAACGAAAUCAGCAAUUCGAACAGUCAGGGUCAUUAUUGAAGCGCAAUUUAUCAGCUGAACAAAUAUUUCAAAACAACAGCAACAAACAAAAUCAUAAUUAUUAUUAUACUUCAAAUAAUAAUAAUAAUGAGAGUGUAGCUGCAAACGAAGAAUUUGCACAAGAAGAAAUAUCAAAGAAUUUUAUUUCUAAAAAUCCCUCCAGUUAUACGAAUUUCAUAAAUCAUCAUCAUACAGAGUUCCUACAGCCACCAGACGUUGCAAACGUUUUUCAUGAAGACGAUCUAACACCUGUGCCAAAUACAGCCAAAGUAAAGCGAGUAGUUGUUCGCAAACGUAUCAUACGAAAAUCCAAAUCAAAAGAUCUAACUGAAACCCCAAUAGCCGACGAAGACACAACAGCUUUAACUAAGAAACCAGCAGAAGCCCGUCAAAAAACCUUGUGGCUGGAAAAUUAUUUGCAUAAAUUCAACAACCAAAAAAACGAAAACACCCUCCCUCCCGAAAAUGCAAAGUUAGCUAAAACUUUAAAUACACAUACUUCGGACAUUCCUAAUUCAGUAAGAGGUGAUAGAGCAACAACUGGUGAAGGCUUCAUUAUGGGUAUGUUGAGGACAAUGAAACUGAAAGAGCGCCUGGCGAUAAGUCUGGGUGCCACUUUAAUACUACUAACUCUGUUGUUGGUGGUUGACGUACAAAUGGAUUUUGGUGUCACAAAUCGUCAUUUGCUACCGUCACAGCAGGCGACGAUACAACAUCAGCGUUUUCGUUUACCCCCCGACGAUGGUGGGGUACUGAGAGAUUUCAAACGAAAGUUCCUGCAAAAAAGUAAUUACUCUGGUUCUAAAGAAACGUCAACACCUCAAACAACACAGCCACGUCCUGGUAGCGCAGCUGGCGGCAGUGCCGGCAGUCAAAGUGCAGGCAUGAUUGCUACCGGUUUUCAGGACACAAAUGCGAAUGAUGUGCGACAACCUUUGCUGACGACAAGAAAACCAAUACCACAUGAUCGCUUUGAUGAUUUGGUUAAAAUUGUUUCCGAUAAUCCGGGCAAUUUGCAAUACGGCCAUGUAAUCAUCGAUAGCAGUGGCGAUGAUGAUGGCGGUAGUAAUCCAACAUUGGGCGAAAUUAUGAAAAUGAAACCCAGCAAAAAUGCAACAAACUUAGAAAAAUUCCAAUUAAGAAUCUCAAAACACGAACUGUAUAGUGAAAAUGACACAUUGGUCGAUGCUUUACUCGAAGAUAUGCAUAAAUUACCCAUCAAACAUGUUGUACAAAAGGAAGGCGGCACACAGCUCAAACUAAUGAUUGAAUAUCAAAAUGAGGUUAAAGCAUUGAUGAAGCCAAUGAGAUUCCCCAGGGACCAACAAACUUUACCCAAUCAUUUUUACUUUACUGACUAUGAGAGACAUAAUGCUGAGAUUGCUGCAUUUCAUUUGGACAGAAUUUUGGGAUUUCGUCGCGCCAUGCCAGUGACUGGUCGUUUGUUAAACAUAACCACGGAAAUUUACCAAGUAGCCGAUGAUAAUUUAUUAAAGACAUUCUUUGUUUCGCCCUCUUCAAAUUUAUGCUUCCAUGGCAAAUGUUCAUACUACUGCGACACAUCGCAUGCGAUUUGCGGUAAUCCCGACAUGUUGGAAGGUUCGUUUGCUGCAUUUUUACCAGCUUUUGAACAGGCUGGCAGAAAGGUUUGGCGUCAUCCCUGGCGCCGUUCGUACCACAAACGCAGAAAGGCUCAAUGGGAAACUGAUGCCAACUAUUGUUCCAUGGUCCGUGAUAUCCCACCUUAUGAUGAAGGACGUCGUUUAUUGGAUUUGAUGGAUAUGUCUGUAUUUGAUUUCCUAACUGGCAACAUGGAUCGUCAUCAUUAUGAAACAUUUAAAAUUUAUGGCAAUGAUACGUUUACUUUGCACUUGGAUCAUGGCCGUGGCUUUGGAAAGGCUUUUCAUGAUGACUUAACCAUUUUGGCACCCAUGUUGCAGUGUUGUAUGUUAAGAAAAUCCACCGUUAAAAAGUUAUUAGAAUAUCAUAAUGGACCCAAGCCUUUAUCACAAAUAUUGCGCGAAUCAAUGAAUAUUGAUCCCGUGAGUCCGGUACUAUGGGAGCCACAUUUGGAGGCAUUGGAUCGUAGAAUUGUUAUCAUCUUACAGGGUGUAAGAGAUUGUGUUAAGAAAAAUCCACCAGAAGAAUUUGAUGCAUCAGAAGAUAAUGUAUCGUCAUAGCGCUAUAGUUUAAAGCAACUCAAACCAAACUUAAAUAAAUUAGUUUAAGCUUAACAUUAACCAAGGAAACAUCAAAAAAGAAAAAUAAACAACAAAAAAUAUAGUAAUUAGUAAUUAAUAAGUAAUUAAUUGUUUUUGUUUAUAUAUACCUAUAUAAAAAGAAAUACCUAUAUACAUAUAUAAAAAUAUAUGAUUUUUGUUAAAAUGUUAAAUUAAAAUAUUAUAUAAAAAAAAAAAAUAGCGAAGAAAAAACAAAACGAAUCCUACAAACAAAAAGCGAGCACUAAAAGAGAUUUUUAAAAAAGCUCUCUUAGCUUAAGCUCGCUAUUGAAAGCUUAAUACUAAUUAAACUAAAACUACUAAAGAAUUAAACAAAACAAAAAAACAAAUUUCAUAAAUUAGCUCUCAAAAGCUCUCGUUACAAUUAGUUUUAUAUAGAUUAAUUAAUACCAACAAUAACAACAACAAUUUAAGCUUUAAAAGUGAUACAUUUCUAAAAAACCAACAAUUUCAUCCAUUUUUUUAAAAAA